CAAGAACAUAGCCUAUCUAACAGUAAAUCUAUACACGGAAUGUUUGAGUAAAAUUUUUGCGCUUGUAGGUAAACAAUAAUAAUCGAUUUUUGAGUGGACGAGUGAAUAGAAGAAUAUGAAGGAAUUGGUGUUAUUCGCGUUGUUAUUCGCCGUAGGAAUAUCGUACAGCGAGGAGAGAUCUCAGGAAUUCACGUCUGUUGUUUUAUCGAAUAACAACAAAAAUCCCAAUUGGUUCAAAUUCGGCGAAAAAACUUAUUAUGUCGAUACGGUUUUUACGGCAAACUGGUACAAAGCCCUGCAGUUUUGCAGACAACAAGGCAUGCAAUUACUGAGCAUCGCCACUAAAACAGAAAACGACAGAAUCGGAAAAUUCCUCAUCGACAACGGCAUAUCGUACGGGCAUUAUUGGACGUCGGCGACCAAUCUGGCGGGCGAUCACCGCUGGAUUUGGCUGUCGACGGGCCAGCCGAUGGUCUACACGAACUGGGACUCCGGCGAGCCCAACAGCGCGCACAAUUCGACCGAGAAUUGCGUCGAAGUGAGACAUUGGUCCAGCGGCUUCACCUGGAACGAUCUCGGCUGCUCCCAAAACUUGUACUUCAUCUGCGAGACCGUCAACGAUUGCGUGCAAACUCUCAAUGCGCAGAAGAACUGAUGCGAAAGAGAAUAAUAAAUCCAAGGAAGAGUUGAUUUAUUCGGUAAUUUAAUUUUAUGCAAUGUUUCAUGUACUUACUAUAAGUAGUAAUAAAAAAACAAAGUGGAUUUUUA